AUGGUUCUUCUCCAACGACUAAGGAAUAUUAGCCAUGUUAUUCGCAACAUUAUUUUGAGGGAGCGAGCUUUCUUAUCCUCCAUCGAUGCUGAUGGCAACAUUCCUCACGAUCACAUUCAGAACCUUAAUGACAUCACCUUUACAACAGCUUUGAUGAUUGAGAGCAUGUUUGUACAAUCUCGUCAGUUCUCCGAAGCUGAACUGCAAUCUCACAGAGAGGUUGUGGGGAGGCUAACUCAAAUAAUAAUUGCAGCCAAUCAUGUUAAUGCAGAAUGUCAGUAUUCGAUUUGCACCGAGCCUUUUCAUCUCAGGGAUGAUGCUCGACAGAUGCCUUGUCAUGAAUCCCACAUAUUCCAUACUCGUUGCCUUCUUCAAUGGCUGGUAAGGCGUGAUAAUUGUCCCAUCUGUAGAACUCACUUACUUCGUCCGGUAAAUGGAAGAGCAGAUUUUGAGAGCAACGAAUUUGUUACAUCCACAACGUCUAAUAAUGGCUAG